AAAUUUCUCUCCUUUCCUCCAAAACCGAAAUUCCCACCCACUAAAAAUCCAACUCCUUCAUUCAUUCAUUCCUUUCUCUCUCGCCUCUCUACUGUACUAUUCUUCUUCUUCAUUCUACAUUUUCCCUCUCUCUUUCACUGUUUUUCAUCAUCAUUUCAUCAAAAAGACAUUGCCCUUAAACUUCAUUUUCUUCAAUCUCUUGACCCCAUUUCAUUUUCCCACUUUAUGCUCCCAAAAUGGGUAAUUUCUGUGCUUGUCUCGCACCCAAAUCGAUAAAGAAAAAACCCACAAAGCGCCUUCUCAACCCACCUUUGCCCACCAAUUCCAGCAAAAGAUGGACCCGAGUUCGUUCUUCAAGGAAAGAAAAACCCGAUGCUGCUCUGACUCAAGACCAAGUUCUUGCCGCCGCCAUUCUAUUUCAACAGCACCAACAGCGCAACGGCCGGGACCCUUUUGAUCGGACCACUUCGCUUCGGUACCCAAAAUCUGGGUCGAAGAAUAGCAACGCUUUGCCGCGGAGUUCAAGUUCCCGUGCUCGGUCUCUUACCGAUCCCCUGCUUCAACCCCAUCAGCUUGUUAGCCAGAAUGUUAAACUCGAGGAUGUAGAAACAAAUCAUUUUGUUCUUGUCCAUGGUGGUGGCUUUGGUGCAUGGUGUUGGUACAAAACCAUAGCACUUCUAGAAGAAGGCGGUUACAAAGCUACUGCAAUAGACUUAACUGGUUCAGGAGUUCAUUCGUUUGAUCCAAAUCGCAUCACGAGUCUUUUGCAAUACGUGCAGCCACUUAUUGAUUUCCUUGAAAAGCUUGCUGAGGGAGAAAAGGUUAUCUUGGUGGGACAUGAUUUCGGCGGUGCUUGCAUAGCUUAUGCAAUGGAGUUAUUUCCUUUUAGGAUUGCAAAAGCCAUAUUUAUUGCUGCAGCGAUGUUGACUAAUGGACAGAACACUUUAGACAUGUUCUCCCAGCAGGCUGGUGCAGAUGAUCUAAUGCAGCAGGCUCAGACAUUUUCGUACACAAACGGGAACAACCAUCCUCCAACUGCUAUCAACUUAGAAAAAUCACUGUUGCGGGACUUAUUUUUCAAUCAAAGUCUUGCCAAGGACGUUGCUCUGGCAUCUGUAUCAAUGAGACCGAUUCCAUUUGCACCUAUUUUGGAAAAGCUGUGCCUCUCCGAUUUGAAAUAUGGAUCAGUCAGACGUUUUUACAUCGAAACUACAGAAGACAAUGCCAUUCCCAUCACAUUACAAGACAGUAUGAUAAACAAAAGCCCCCCAGAACAGGUCUUUCGGCUAAAAGGGGCAGAUCAUUCCCCUUUCUUCUCAAAGCCUCAAGCUCUAAACAAGCUAUUGAUAGAGAUCUCAAAGAUUAAAACACCAUCAUAGCAUCAUUUGAGUCAGAAGCAAGGAAUUUUUGCAACAACCAAUAAUUUUUUUGAGGAUAAACAUUUGAUAGAUAUUCUCAUUCAAGUCACACCCACCAUUGAAAGCUUGAGGUAACUUCUUUGAUGUGUUCUUUCUCUAGUAUGAUUAUGAAUACUUGCAUUAAUUUGAAAGCUUUGUUUGGAAGAACAAGUAGGUAUUGGAGGUUGAAGAACAUUGACAUUUGAAUAGAAAUAUUCACCAGACUUUGAAUACUUUUGUAGGAAAUAAUAGUGCUGUUUAGUCUGCUUUGAGGAAAAAGCCUUGGAAAUGAGUUCACUUUCUUCUCACUCAACUUGUUUCCUCUGUAUUAAGAAAGUGUUUGUAUAUUGCUUGCACAGAUGUUAAAGGUUUACUGAUAUCAUCUUAUAGCCACUUGAACUCGUCUGAUCCUUUCAUUUAGUUAUUCAAUGGGACUGUUUCGUAAUGCUUAUUGAUUAUAA